GUCUUGCUGUGAGGGGCAGAAGAGCUGAGCCAGCGGCUGCUGCGCCUGCUGCCUUUCCCUCGGCGCCCUUCUCUCCCGAGCUGCAGCGCCGGAGCCCGUCUGCGAGCGGAGCCACCAUGAUCGGCCAGAAGACGCUGCUCUCCUUCUUCUCGGCGGCGCAGGCCAAGAAGCGGAGCCGCUCCCCGGAGCCAGUCGGGGCCGCUGAGGCAGGCUCUCCGAAGAGGUCGAAGGCUGGCGCUCCGUCCCCGCCUCUCAGCCCGGAGCAGCUGGAGCGGAUCCGCCGGAACAAAGCGGCGGCCUUGCAGAGACUCGCUUCCCGCCUCAGCAGCCUCGCUCCUCCGGAGGUCGCGCCGGACUGGAGGCUCGCUCUCGCCGGGGAGUUCGCCAAGCCCUACUUCGCCCAGCUAAUGGACUUUGUUGCUGCAGAGCGCAAACGCUACACAGUGUAUCCAGCUGUGCAUCAAGUCUUCACCUGGACUCAGAUGUGCAGUAUCCGUGAUGUAAAAGCUGUCAUCUUGGGCCAAGACCCAUAUCACGGACCCAACCAAGCACACGGACUCUGUUUCAGCGUCCAGAGACCAGUUCCACCUCCACCCAGCCUAGAGAACAUCUACAAAGAACUGGCUGAAGACAUAGAAGGCUUUUCUCAUCCUGGCCAUGGAGACUUGACUGGGUGGGCUAAACAAGGAGUACUGCUACUCAAUGCUGUUCUUACAGUCCGAGCACACCAAGCCAACUCCCACAAAGAGAAGGGCUGGGAGCAGUUCACAGACGCAGUGGUCUCCUGGCUAAACAGCAACUUGGAUGGUGUGGUCUUCAUGCUUUGGGGGGCUUAUGCUCAGAGGAAAGGCAGCUCUAUUGACAGGAAACGGCACCACGUCCUACAGACAGCUCACCCUUCACCCCUGUCAGUGCACAGGGGUUUCUUUGGCUGUAAGCAUUUCUCUAAAACAAAUGAAUUGCUGAAAAAGUCUGGGAAGAAACCCAUUGAUUGGAGCACCCUGUGACACAGAAUUUGAAACCAACUGUGUUUGAUUCUUAGAGUACAGUCACUACUUGGGAAUAAUUCUUUGGAUUUGUUUUAAUUGAAUGUGCCAGAUCAAAGAGUCUACUCCAAAUCUCUUAUUUUGGAGUAGCUUUGAAUUUAAUGGAAUUAAUCCUGAAAAUGUGUUUUUCACAUUUUUGGUGCAUUUUGGGACAAAAAUAGAUUGGCUGAGAUGUUAGCCUUUUUAUGUUCACUCUGGCUAGUGCCAAGGAAGGCAUUCCAUUCUGUUAUUAGCUAGUGUAAAAUGGGCUUGUUGGUUUUUACUCCCCAUCUUGUACAUCUAAUGUUGAGGGAAAUGAAAGCACCUUUUCAUAUAUAUUUUUACACCAAAGAAUUUCAUUUUUCAUUUUUGGCCCACUCAGUGAAGUAUCCAUUUAGCAAACUGUUUAUGAUGUACAAAUCAAUGUCUUAUUUAGUCUUCUAAGCUUGUCCUUUUAUCAGUUGUCAAUUAAAAGUUGCAUCAUUUGCUGUGAACUGUGACCCUGUUUUCACACUGUUUUCUGAGGUCUGCAGGAAUUAGAUCAGCUGUGGCAAAGUCAAAGGCUUCCAGUUGCUUUCUUCCUAUUGGGAUAGGGAAAGGAUGGAGCCAGAUGUUUGAAAGCAUUGCCUGACCUAUAGGAGAAAUGGGGUUCCCAGUGCUAAUGAUGGUUGUGUUAGGGAAAACAUCACACAUGAAAAUCUUACUCAGCCACAGUUGGCAGCUAAACUUCUGUUGCAGGUAUUGGGCUUGUAGGAGCCGUCAUUAUCAACUUCUGUAAAUUAUAAGAAAGUCUGGCAUACCCUUUUUAUGUGCAAAUUGCAUAAUAAGAUAUUCUGUUCUGGUAUGUUUUAAAUACCAAAUUAUGACUUGUACUUGUGGUGGUUUUUUUACUCUUUGUACCACUAGGUGACAACAAUGCAACUAAUUUUUUUUACAGUCACUGUAUAUUUGUUAUAAAAAAUAAACAUAUUUGUUAUUUACUGUU